UUCUCUCGUAAACAUCAAAUAAUUUCAAUUCAAAGCCAAAAUCCGAACGUUCCAAAAUAUCCCCAAGAAAAGAAAAAAAAAAAAAAUAAUUUUCGAAAAAAAAAACAGUUUUAAUCCGUUUUUAGGCUUUGAUAUUUUACUCGUGUAAUUUUCGGACACGACUUUUUACGAAAUGUCGAUCCAAAACUUGAACACUCGCGAUCCCUUUGCGGAUGCCUCGAAGGGCAACGACGAUGAUAUCCAGGACGGACUCAUCCACAUCCGCAUACAGCAGCGGAAUGGCCGCAAAACGUUGACCACUGUCCAGGGCCUGUCGCAGGAGUACGACCUGAAGAAGAUUGUGCGCACCUGCAAGAAGGAGUUCGCCUGCAAUGGCACUGUCGUCGAGCAUCAGGAGUACGGCGAGGUGCUACAGCUCCAGGGCGAUCAGCGGGAGAACAUUUGCCAGUGGCUGACCAAGGCCGGAUUGGCUAAGGCUGAUCAACUAAAGGUUCAUGGGUUUUAAGCGGCGGAAUUAAAGGGGAAAUCGAACAAGUUGCAAGCUAGUUUUCCCCACUACAAACUAACAUCAACAAUCAAUCAAGAAUCAAUCAAAAACGAGUUCUACAAUCAAUCUGCUAGAGUUCUGCAAUCUACAAUCAAUCUUUAAGAGCUUCAAUCAAGACAGUUCUAGAGCUAAAGCUCUAAUCGAUCAAUCUACAAGAAGUCUACAAUUACAAUAAAUCUGCAAUAAAAAAUCCAAAAAAAAAAACACCACCAGCAAUAGACCAUUUUUUAGAGCGAAAAUAAUUGUACAUCAUUCCCAACAUAAAAUUCAACGUGCGCUACACAUCAAUUGCAUUAUAAAAUCAUAUUUUAACCAC